AUGGUUAUUGUACCUCUGACUUUGUUCGCACUUGUUGCUGGCGCGGCCGCCAGAACGUUUACGGUUUAUAAUAACUGUCCUUUUACUAUUUGGCCGGCUACGUUCACCGACUUGAACGUCGGGAGCGCCGUCCCAGACCAUCCAUCAGGCUGGGAGCAAGCGGCGUAUGCCUCCGUUAGCUUCUACGUCCCAGAUAAUUGGAAAGCGGGCCGUAUCUGGGGUCGCCGGAAUUGCAACUUUAGCUCGAAUCCUGGUCCGAAUUCUUGUGCUACUGGAGGAUGUAAUGGUGGACUCGUGUGUGAUCCGCACACUGGUACUGGUGUCCCUCCGGCCACUGUUGCUGAGUGGACGCUUUCGGCUGACGGGAACCAGGAUUGGUACGAUGUUUCCCUUGUGGACGGCUACGACCUUCCUAUGAGGAUCUCCAACAACAAGGGAUGCCCCGUUGCCGACUGUCCCGUCGACCUUGGUCCAGACUGUCCUGCUCCUUUGAAAGGUCCGUUCGACUCCACUGGCUUCCCGCUCGGAUGUAAGAGCGCUUGCUUCGCGAAUCUCGACGGUAAUCAAGCGGACUCGGCGAACUGCUGCUCAGGCUCACACAACACACCCGCGACCUGCCCGGCCUCUGGUGUGCAGUACUACGACUACUUCAAGAGUCGUUGCCCGAACUCGUAUGUUUAUGCCUACGACGAGAGCAGUGGCACGGCGCUGUGGACUUGUUCGUCAACGCUUGCAGCAGAUUAUACGCUCACGUUCUGUCCUUGA